UCGAUCGAGUCGGACGCGUGUCGCGGCAUCGCCUCUUGUAUAUUAUACCUUGCGACGCUCGUAUACACACACCCUCGCUCGCUCUCGUGCACCACCGUCGCGUUCGAUUUCGCAACAACAACUGUGCUUGCAGGCUUUUUUUUACACCUACAUAAUUAUACACAACGCACAACUCGCCGUCUAAUUUCAAGUGACGAUCCGUGAUUCGCGAGUGACGGGGUGAAAAAAAAAAAAAAAAGAAAAAGAAAUGGUGCACUGCUCGGAGUAAAUCACGCCCAUGCUACCCUAUGACACUUGGUUGUUCGUCCUGUUCCUGGUGUUGUUCGUCCUGGUGAAAAUCGGAGUCGAUCUCCUGAAGAACGCCAGCGGGGUGUGAGAAGCACACACACACACAGCUGUCAUCCAGCCGUGGUUGUAUUUAUGUACACAGUAUAAACAUGCUCGCAGUGGUGCAGGGUGUUGUACGCGAUUGUGUUGUUUCCCGUCCGGUGAUGCAUUGAUGUGUGCUCGAUCGCCGACCGAGGACUAUUUUGGCGAGUCGACGUCGAGGCUCGCGUACAUGGCUUCCAGAGCCAAAGUUGUGGAGCAGCAGUCGAGGACCUGAAACAAAAUCAAUUGGAUCACCACCGAGACGAAAGAAGACGAUACGCUAGAAAAAAUAAACAGGUCCGGAAUGUUCAAGCGGUUGACGACCAAGGCCAGGCGCCACAGCGCCGAGGACGCGGGGGUGCUGCCGAACCCUCUGACACUGGACGAGCCGCCGGGGGUCCGCAGGAUCUCCGAGGUCACUUUGGGCUACUCGUCGAGGGCCAGGUUGGCGCGGAAGAGCUGCGGAGAUGCCUACUCGCCCCUGCGCCCGGCUAAGGAAGAGCCCGAGGGGGAGGCUGAUGCCAAGAGCUCGGACUACAGGCUCGUCACCGCCGUGCCGGCCUACAUCGUCGAGCACGAGCCUGAGAAGCAGAAAGGCCUGGGAGUCUGGGGACUGCGGCGGAUGAGCAAAAAGAUCGACUCGUUCCGUCGGUCCAGCUCACGGGAGGCCAUCGGCACGAUUCCCGAGCGCCCGGACAGCUCCUCCAAAACCCCCGAAGCCAACAACCGCGAUGACAGCAACAAGCCCUCGACACCCAACGGCACCUCGGACAAGAAGCCCACGGCUUUCGAGCGGAGGUUCUUCCAAAACAGCAGCGCCACGAGCACGAGGUCGCCCUCACCCUUCAAGUCCUUCUUCAUCCGCAUGGGCUCGACAGGGAUGCUCAACUCGUCGUCGUCGUCAUCGAGCAAGGGCAGGCGCUCCUCGCAGACGAACCUCGAGGACAAGCUCCUGCACGAGCGCGGCUCCGACAAGGAGAACCUCUUCAGGAGCUGCAGCACCAGCCAGCUCAACACCAGUCCUACGUAUGUCAAGGGUGACGACCCGUCCGAGGGUAUAGACCUGCGGAUGCUGGGAGCCAGGAGCGAGCACGGCAAGAAGACGGUCUCGUGCGACAACCUCAGUGGCCGGCACCCCGUAGAGGAUGAGGACGUCUUCGAGGAGCAGCCAAGGACCCCCAGCGCCACCGGUGUCCGGACCUUUGCACCGUACGACUACGCGGAACCCGGUGGCAAUGGCGGGGCUGUCAGGACGGACUUUAUGAGGAAGUCGAGUAGCUGCGACUUCAAGGAGGCCAAGAAAAACAGCUUCCCGUACGCCUUCCUGAGGUCCAGGCUCUCGGUCCUCCCGGAGGAGAGGAACAGCAACGGCAGCGGUGGUGGUUGCGGCCCAACCAACAAACAGGACGACCACCGAUUGUUCAAGACGGCCUCGGAGGAGCACUUCCCGGCAAUGAAGAUCGAGGAGACGUUCGAGGGGACGACGACACUGGAUAGACGGCGGACGUCCAAGAGGAACGGCUACGGGAGCAGGGACUACUCGCUGCGGUACGGGCUCCAGGAUCACGUGGGCUCGAGGUCGGCCAGGAACUCGUACUCGAACGACGAGUACGCGAGGGACCACGAGUUUGCCCAACGCUACGAGCCCAAAGACAGCAGGUACUUCAGCAGUAGCAGCACCAGCCUGCAGAUUCUCGAGGACGGCUACCACAGGAACUCGGUGUCCCUGCCUUACCAACAGCCGGACAGUAUGACGGAGCUGCGAGGUACAGCGGUGGUGGCAGCCACGGUGGUGGCCGAGUCAACGACGUCGGUGAACUUAGAUCUGAGCUACGAGUCGACGGGCUCGUCGAUGCUCAGGAGCAACCACCAGCGAAGGAAUUCGGUGCCGAGCAACGCCGAGCAGCGCCUGUCCUCGCACUACGUCAGCUCUAACGAGUCGGGGUACGACAGCGACGGCCCGCGAGGCGAGUCCGCGGCCUCGGAGAGCCUCAAGUGCACCGACAGCUCCGACACGAGCAGCGUCGUCGACUCGGAAAUCGAGAUCAAGCCGAUGCGCAGCUCGACGCCCAGCGAGUACAACCACCACCACCACCAGGAGGCGCUGCGGGAGCCCAAGGAGUUGCAGACCACCGACGGUGUCAAGCAUUCGUAUCUGAUGGAGGAGCGGACUUCGGAUGGUUGCAGUAUCGCCGACGCCCUCAGGUGGCACCAGAGCUCGUCUGGGCGGCUGCUGCCCAGCAUCCACCAGAGCAACUCUUCGAGCUCGCCGUCCAUCUCGCCCUCGUCGUCCUCCAUCUCCUCCUCUUCGUCCUCCGAUUUGGCGAAGGUGACGGAUACGCUCGCGAUCCAGACGACCGCGCACAGGGUCAGGCUGCAGCAGGACAAAACGAGGUUCCUCACCGACAUUAUCCGGCCGGCCAAGCGGGUGCGCCGGUGCCGGCUGAUACAGCUCAACAGGGUCGAGCCGCACGAGGGCUUGGGCAUCAGGUUGGCGCAACAGCGGCUCGGUGAGCUGCGUUACGUCGUCGUUCAGCUGGAGAGUGACGGUAUCGCGCACAGGGACGGCAGGCUCAGGCUAGGCGACGAGAUCGUCGAAGUCGAGGGCAAGGACCUGCGCACCCUCAGCAGCCUCGAGGAGGUCCAGGAGUUUCUGCGCUCCUGCGAGGGCAUGAGAAUCCGUCUGAAAAGCGCGUACGAGGAAACGGUACCGCAGAUCUACCUCGACAGCGCGGAAGUCGCGCCAGCGCUGGACGACUACCUCGAGCGAAAUCUCACCGACUCGGAACCCCCGAAACCCACCCAACAACCGAUUGCCGAUCCCGCGAAAGGCCAGACCAAGCGACCCGACUUUCUCGCCCUGGACACGGUGAUCGCGGUGCCCGGCGAUGGUAGUCUCCAACACCAGCAGCAGCAGUACCAGUACACGACGAGGCACACGGCGAGGUUCGUCAAGGGCUUAGGGAAGCCGAGCUUGGGUUUCAGCGUCGUGGGAGGCAGGGAUACCCCACGCGGCGAGAUGGGCAUCUUCGUCAAGAGGGUCUUCCCCGGGGGCCAGGCUGACGUUUCCGAGGCUCUGUUUCAAGGUGACGAAAUAUUGAGUUUUAAUGGAAAAGCACUUAUGGGCUGCACGCACCAAGAGGUCAUCGAAUUGUUCAAGUCCGUUCGCGAGGGAUCGAUUGAACUUGAACUCGCUAGAAGGCAUAGGUACCAGACGCCAUUAAAAACAGCACCAUACUAAAAACAAGGCCAAAUCAACAACGAAGACAAAGAAACAUACUGCCAUCUGUGCCUGCUUCGGUAUAGCAUAUAGAAUCGACAUGAUGAAAAAAAAGUUGUAGAAAAAACCGCCUCAACGACUGCUGGCGAUUUGCGAAAGCCCCCUCAAGAACUCUUUAGAUUCUAGUCUCCGUUUUCUCCAUUUUUCAAUUUUCAAUUUUCAAUUUUUUAUCUUGCUUACACGGACACACGCGCGUAACUUACAUACCUUCACAAACGCCCGCACAUCACUUCAUUUUCAGUAUAGUACUAUAUUUGUAUAUUUUUAUAUAUAUUAUUUAAAUAUGUAUAAUUUAUUUAUCAUUUUUAUUAGUAUUUUUUAAAAUACGUGAAAUAUUAUUGACCUUAAGAUUAAAAAAGUAUUGUAUCGUUUUUCUCAUAAUUACGUCAUUCGUAGAAAUAUGAUGUAUCGAAGUAUCGAAGAAAGUUUACAAUUCGCUCUGUUGAUUUUGAUUUGCUAAGCGAACAACAAUUAUUUUGUAUGUAAUUAUAUUUUAAAGUGCCUCUUUGACAAACUUGUAGACGAAAAAAUUAUUUAUGUAAAAUAAAAUGUUAAUUGACUGUUUCGAUUGAGCGUAUAUAGAGAUUUUAACGUAGAAGAUUUAUAUUUAAGC